AACCACUUGCUUAUCCAGCUGCCUUGAGGUCAGUCAAAAUCCGCGAAACUGUCUGGCGAUCAGUCACUCGGACGCGCGGAACGGUGCCGAAAGUCACGCCGGUCCAUUAUAGCAUGUCAUUAUGCUGCCCUGUGUAUCCAGAUCUGUCGGCGGUUGAAUAAAGACAGAAAGGUUGGAUAUAUUGGACAUUCGCCCGAGGAGGAAGGGGUUAACGUUACUUGGGAACGACUACAGGAAACUCUUCCCGUGCUUCAUCUGUAUGCCCUAACGGCGCAAUUUCAUGCGGGAUCGUUUGUAACUCGUUCGGGAAAACGAUGAACAUUUGCGGUGGUGUUUGUGUUGGAUUUUCAGCCUGAACAACUUGGCAAAUACUUGGGAUGCGCUGGGCGUCGUAAGGAAAAAUAACACCAACAAACACAUCGGUUUACAAACAUCAUCCUGAUAACUUAUUCAUUGGUCGCCAGGUCGGACGAUUAAAACAUGUCGAAUUCUGGAAAGUUCAAGAAGGACAAAGAAAUCAUCGUGGACUACGAGAGUCAAGUCAAAGAGAUCCGAGCGCAGCUGGUGGAGCAGCAGAAAUGUCUGGAGCAGCAGACGGACAUGAGGGUGCAGCUUCUUCAGGACCUCCAGGACUUCUUCCGCAAGAAGUCCGAGAUCGAAAUGGAGUACUCGCGCAACCUGGAAAAGCUGGCCGAGCGCUUCAUGGCCAAGACCAGGAGCACCAAAGACCACCAGCAAUAUAAGAAAGACCAGAACCUCUUGUCACCGGUGAACUGCUGGUACCUGUUGUUGAACCAGGUUCGAAGGGAGAGCAAAGAUCACGCCACGCUGAGCGACAUUUAUCUCAACAACGUCAUCAUGCGCUUCAUGCAGAUCAGUGAAGACUCCACACGCCUUCUGAAAAAGAGUAAAGAUAUCACUUUUCAGCUGCAGGAGGAUUUAAUGAAAGUUCUCAACGAGCUCUACACGGUGAUGAAAACCUACCACAUGUAUCACACGGAGAGCAUCAGUGCUGAAAGCAAGCUGAAAGAAGCAGAGAAGCAGGAGGAGAAACAGAUCGGACGGACGGACCCCGUCUUUUACAUCCGCAUGGAGGACAAACACCAGAGGAGGAGCUCGGUGAAGAAGAUCGAGAAGAUGAAAGAGAAGAGGCAGGCCAAGUAUUCCGAGAACAAGCUGAAGUCGAUCAAAGCUCGGAACGAAUACUUGCUGACGCUCGAAGCCUCUAAUGCUUCAAUCUUCAAGUAUUACAUUCACGACUUGUCCGAUUUAAUAGAUUGUUGUGAUCUGGGAUAUCAUGCCUCUCUGAAUCGGGCUUUGCGGACGUACCUCUCAGCUGAAUAUAACCUGGAGACAUCUCGACACGAGGGCCUGGACAUCAUCGAGAAUGCAGUGGACAGUCUGGACCCCCGGAGUGACCGCCAGCGCUUCAUGGAAAUGUACCCUACUGCCUUCUGCCCACCCGUCAAAUUUGAGUUCCAGCCACAUAUGGGAGAUGAGGUGUGUCAGAUCACAGCACAGCCUCCCAUGCAGGCUGAGCUCCUGCUGAGGUUCCAGCAGCUUCAAUCUCGCCUGGCCACGCUAAAGAUCGAGAAUGAAGAGAUCAAGAAGACGUCAGAAGCCACUCUCACUACCGUCCAGGACAUGGUGACCAUCGAAGACUACGACGUGUCGGAAUGUUUCCAUCACAGCCGUUCCACUGAAUCGGUCAAGUCCACCGUGUCAGAGACCUACCUCAGCAAGCCGAGCAUUGCCAAAAGACGUGCCAACCAGCAGGAGACAGAGCAGUUCUAUUUUAUGAAAUUUCGCGAGUAUCUGGAGGGCAGCAAUCUCAUCACCAAACUCCAGGCAAAACACGAUCUACUGAAGAGAGCUCUUGGGGACGGGUACCGGCCUGAGUAUGCAACCACAAGCCGUGGACGACGGAACUCUCACACGAGACAUCAGGAUUCUGGACAAGCGAUACCAAGGGUUGUUGAAAGCUGUAUUCGAUUCAUCAAUCUAUAUGGCCUCCAGCAUCAAGGCAUAUUCAGAGUAUCUGGAUCUCAACUUGAAGUCAAUGAUAUUAAGAACUCAUUUGAGAGAGGAAACGACCCCCUGACAGACGAGGAGAAUAAUCAUGAUAUAAACUCGGUGGCAGGUGUUCUAAAACUCUACUUUCGAGGUUUGGAGAACCCUCUCUUUCCAAAGGAGAGAUUCACUGAUCUCAUUUCCUGUGUCAGAAUAGAGAACCUGUAUGAGAGAGCUCUGUAUAUUCGUAAGAUCCUCCUGACUGUACCCAGAUCAGUUCUCGUGGUCAUGCGAUAUCUGUUCUCCUUUCUCAACCACCUGUCCCAAUACAGCGAUGAGAAUAUGAUGGACCCCUAUAAUUUGGCCAUCUGCUUUGGCCCCACCCUCAUGCCCACCCCGGACACUCAGGACCAGGUCUCCUGUCAGGCCCAUGUCAAUGAGGUCAUCAAAACCAUCAUCAUCCACCACGAGACCAUCUUUCCUGACACAAAGGAGCUGGACGGCCCUAUGUACGAGAAGUGUAUGGCCGGUGGAGACUAUUGUGAGAGACCAUUCAGCGAACAUGGAGUUUUGGAAGAAGUUGAUCAUGAGGGAGGAACCCACACCAGCGAGGAUGAGGGCGAGCCCAUCGAAGCCAUCGCAAAGUUUGAUUACGUGGGCCGGUCUGCACGUGAGCUGUCCUUCAAGAAGGGGGCGUCUCUACUGCUGUAUCAGAGAGCAUCAGAAGACUGGUGGGAGGGCAGACACAAUGGCAUAGACGGUCUAGUUCCUCACCAGUACAUCGUUGUGCAGGACAUGGACGACACAUUCUCUGACACUCUGAGUCAGAAGGCGGACAGCGAGGCCAGCAGUGGACACGGAGAGGAGAAAUGUCCCAGUAGGGAUAUGGGGUCUCCGACGGACGGUAGAAUAGCCGAUGCUUAUGUCAGCAGGCACAGGAAGAGAAGCAACCCCCCGACUCGCCGGCCUCCGGCCUGCCCCACUGAUUCACACUGCAUGGUCCAUCCUUCCCAGGGCCACCACACUAACCGUAGUACCCAUGGUAGUCAUGGCAACCCAGAUUUGGGUUCCCCGGUGAUGGGCCACUACAGCCCACGGGACCUUCUGAGAGGAAGAGGGCACAUGCCCAUGGACAGCCCAGAGAGACGCAGACGCACUGGCCACGGCAGUCUGACCAACAUCAGCCGCCACGAGUCCAUCAAGAAGAUGGAAAGCCCGCCCAUCCGCAGGUCCACCUCUUCAGGCCAGUACACAAGCUUCUCUGAGCCUCACGGCAAGGGCCUGGAUCCAGAGAGCAUCGCACAGGACAUUGAGGAGACGAUGAACACAGCUCUGAAUGAGCUGAAGGAACUAGAACGGCAGAAUUCUGCCAAACACGCCCCUGACGUAGUGCUGGACACCCUGGAGCAGAUGAAGAACGCUCCCACGCCGACCAGUUCCACCGAGUCCCUCAGCCAGCUGCACGGCCUCCUGCUGCGGCCCGCCGGCGGCGAGACGGCCAUGCGGCGUAGCACCAGUUCUUCCGGCGACACCAUGAGCACCUUCAAGCCCGCCAUAGCUCCACGCAUGGGGGUGCAACUCAAGCCCCCCGCCCUACGGCCCAAGCCCGUGAACGCGAUACCCAAGACGGGUGCGGCGCCACAUCCAACGCCUCCUUCGCAGGAUCCACUGGACAAAUCGUGCACCAUGUGAUCUCAUUCUGAGCGAGACAUUCAGGGACCGAGAGAGGACCGAGAGGAACAAGAUCAAGAAUUUUUGUGUGGUUCGUCAAUUUCUUCUGUGGUGCCAUUGUCGUCUCCACCAUUUCUUUGGCUCUGAGGAACGGAUGGAAAUAAACAUAGGUUAAAUACAGAAACUUUAUAACAGAUCUAGAAAUAGUUCUCCUGAUACUCUCAUACUGUGGUCAGCAUUAACAAGUUCACUAGUGGGGCCCAAGACCCGUGUGUAUUCAAUGCUUAUAAUUAUAUUAUAGGUUUUUUUAAUGAACUGCAAUACAGCAGAUGCUACGCAUGAUUCAGGAGAGCAAACUAAGGGAUAUUUUCAGACACCUGAGAUGCUUCGUCACAUGUCAUUCUUAGUCUAGAAAGGCACCCGCAACUAAUGCAAUUCAGUUCGCAUGCAUGUCCACACUCUUUGUUUUGUGAUAUGUGUGAAUAGAUUUAGAUAUUCUGACACAAUACAUAAGAAAGAGACAAAUCACUACAACUUCUUGUGUUGUUUGGGUGACUAAAUAAGCAGUUUACAUCCACUAGGAACUUGCUAAAUGUGAAUAAUACAGAAACUAAGCUGGGUCUUUGGUUUCUUUGUGUUUACAGCAUUAAGGAUUGUGGGAAAUGUAGUCAUUACAUCUCAGAGAAUUUGUCUAGCUGAAUCGGCCUAGUCAACACUUUUUUUUUUUUAGUGAGGAUGAAUCGAGAAGUGACGCUGGAAAUGCCACGAGGACACGUGUCAUGUUUGAUGCAUCCUGAUUGGCUGUUUGAGACGGUUGGCUUCUAAGUUGUAUGUGCAAGGCUUUAGUUUGGAUAUUAUAUUUUUGAUAAUAAUAUUUGAAUAUAUACCCAGGGAGUUUACGUACAUCAGAUCCAUGUUGAACAAACAAAUUUUAGUUGAAUAGUUGUUUUGUUUCUUUUAAGAACUUCACUCAUUUUCUUAUUUAGAAUAUAUAUAUAUUGUGUCAAUAAAAAGGGUUAGUUGAUGUACAUUUCUAUAAUGUUUAAUCCCAGGUCAAUUUUGAACAGUUGCUCACAAGAAACAAUAUUUCUUUAUAUAUAUUUUUAGUACUUAUCUGCUUGGUUAGAUGUAAUCUGUUAAUAGUAAAGUCUAGCUGCCAAAAAGGUAAAGUUAUUUUACAAGUGCUGCUUAUAAAAUGUUACGGCUAUGAGAAGCUUUUCUGGUCUGCUUAGCUGUCUAAACGCUUGGCUCGGUUCUCUCUUAUAAAGCAUGAAUGAUAAUCCUUUUAGUUGGGACAUGCAAGUACUUUCUAGAAACCUUUGAAGGCAAUAUUUCUCGUUUCACCAAACAAAGGAAUGAUGACAAUAGCCAUGGACUUGGAGACUGUUAUUGCAGUACUUUCAUGAGAUAGUAAAAAGUUUCUUAUUGUGUUUUUAGAGUCACACCGUGUAAUAAUGUCACAUACCGCACCACAUCCAAAUGAUGUCACACAAGGUACCCAAAGAAGAAGAAUUAUCGCGCCCCAUUUUAAAGAUUCUGUAUUUGCACUCACUAAAGGCCAGCCUUUUAACUUCAACAUAAGGAAAAGCCAAAUGUAUACAGUAUAAAAGUUUAAAUUUUAUUUUAUCCCGUUCUGGCAUUAAUAAAUAAACAUGAAAGUGCAUUUAAAUUAUUAAAACAACAAUUUCAACAACACAACAAUAGCUUAGCGUGUGUGUGCUUGUACUGUAUUCACUGAUAUAAUUAUACAAAAAUGUAAUCGUAUUUAGGUAGAAUAUUUGAUUAAAUGUGUCAGAUAGUGUCACGGAAGUGUGUACUGUAUGCUGUCCAUAACUACACAGAGGGAAAUACUGUACACAACUCUUAAGGACAAUACAAGCAAUGUCAGUUUUUAACAUUUAAUUAUAAGAUUGCUGAACAUACUAAAGCUUUUUGAGUACCAUUUUUAAUAAACCAUAUUAUUGUUUCAACACACAUUUGAGAUAGUUUACCCUGUUGAAAAAACUAACAUAUGCUGGGUUAGGUAUGUUUUGAUGCUGGUUUGUGCUGGGUUAAGAUGGUCACAUGCAGGUUUAAGCUGGUCAUGUGCUGGUUUAAGAUGGUCCUUGGCUGGUUUGAGAUGGUGAGGAACCAGCACAUGACCAGCUUAAACCAGCACAAACCAGCAUCAAAACACACCUAACCCUGCAUAUGCUGGUUUUUUAAACAGGGACAUCUCUUCUAAGCUUUGAGAAAGUGUUUUCCCUGCUAAACGAAACACAGUAGGAUCUCGUGGCCAUGUGUCCAUGUACUUCUUUGUACCAUGUAGCCUACUUGUGAAAGUGCCUUUAAAAACGGUUUUAGAGGAACAUCAUAAAUGUCCUCUGUGCUGUGGCAUUCAUCUUUCAGAUAACAUGUAAGGAUUCUAGUUAAUAAAUGAUUACUAACGUGCUUCUAGUUAAGUUGUAUGAAUGAUGAAAUAAUAAAGAUACUGCUUAUUCAUGGUGACAUUGCACUUUUACGUAAGACUGUAUAUUUGGCAUGUAACAUCUUAAGUUGUAGAGUUCCUUUCUAAUAAAGAACAUCGUUUGGUCAGUUCACUGUGGUGUGGAUUGUUUU